UACAAACAGUUUACACUUAGACGUCAAACCGUGAACAACACCGAGCUCUAUCGAAAAGUUAACAAAGGGGAGAAAAGAACAGAAUAAAGAAUAGAAGUAAAAACAAAAAUAACAACCGAAAAGAAUACCAAAAAAUGAGUCACAAAAUCGUUUUGGGCGUUUUACUCAGCUGCCUGCUAGCCUCCGUGCAUGGAGCGGCUAAGGUGCCCGUUUCAAUUUACUACGAAUCCCUGUGCCCGGACAGUGCCAAGUUCAUUACGGAACAAGUCUAUCCGGCAGUGAAGACUGAACUCCGUGAUGUGGUCGAACUGACAUUUGUGCCCUUUGGCAAAUCUCAGUUCUCCACGAUGGGCGCCGAGGUGACUUUCACUUGUCAUCAUGGUCCAAAUGAGUGCUAUGGCAAUAAGGUGCAUGCCUGUGCCAUUGACCACAUUCAGGCCAACUCUUAUCAGAUUGAAUACACUCGCGAGUCGCUAACUCUGGACUUCAUCAAUUGUCUUAUGAAGGCGGGCAAGAAUUUCCCCGACAAUGUGUAUCCCGGUCAACGUUGUGCCACCGAGAAUCAUGUUAACAAUUGGGAGAACAUCAAGACCUGUGCCAAUUCCACCGAAGGAAGCAUCUUGUUGCGCAAGGCUGGCGAGACCACAAUGAAGCUGAAGGAGCCACUGACCAGUGUUCCCACCGUUCUGUUCAAUGAGCAAUUCGACAAAGAUGUGAAUGAACGUGCCCAGAAGAAUUUCAUUGGUACUCUUUGCAGAUACGUAUCUGCUCCCCAACCUCGCAUCUGUAGCCAGCAUAAUGCCGCCGCUCCUGGCUUGGCCAGCGUAAGCGCCAUCUUAAGCUCUCUAUUGGGUCUUUGGUUUAUCCGCUACUUUCUCUAAGCUGCUCUGUCCACUGAUUUUCCCUCCACUCAGAGCUCUCAGAGUGCAACUAUGAAUCUCUUAAUUGUGUAUGUUGUUUGUUUUAUUUUAUUCCAUUUAUUUUUUUGCCUUUAGGCUAAAUGAAACUCAUGCCGUCCGUAUAUCUACGCCGUAUAUCAGUCUCAAAAUCAUUCGUGAGAGCUUAAAUCUAUUUGUAAAAUUUGAAUAAAAAUUAUGAAAAAUA